AUGGACCGCAAGGGACAUCGUCGCCAGGUGACUGCUAUCGCCAUGGGCAAGCGUCCUGUUGAGCAUGUCGAGGAGCCGGCCCCUACUCUCCCCGCCAUCCUCCUACCGGCCCCUGCCUACGUCGAGGGCGCGUUCAUCAAUGAGAUGUCUGAGGAAGACCGGUCCUUCAUGUCUCGCUAUCAGUUCGUCACUCAGCUGCCUGAUGGUACCAACGCCGGCCUCGACCCAGAGCAUGAAUUGUUUCAGGUCCAACACCAGAUGAAGCUCUACCAAUGCUUUGACGCUGCUGUUCCCUACUAUGCCCGUGGAGUCUUCAUCCGUUACGAUGAUCUUCGUGAAGCUGCCGAGGGCAAGAUCAUCCUUGAGCAACACGACUUCUCCGUUGCGUAUGCGACUUCCUAUGACUAUGCUCGUGGCAAGUCUCAGGACACGGCCCACAUCAAGGAGUUCGAAGGUCAAAUGAAGCUUUCGAUCCUGAUUGAGCCCAACCCGGAGUUUGCCGUCUUCGACUUCACCGCUCAAGACCUGGCCAACGUCACCAAUGCUGUCGAGAUCACUGCUAGGUCCAUCGGUGAUAUUCGCAACCUCGUCCAUGUCGACACCAUUGACGAGAAGAUGCUCCUCGUGUACCGCAUCGAGUACCAUUCGGUCGAUGCCGCCAUUCGUGCCGUUCAGUCUCUGAUUCAUGAUCCUGUCUGGGGCGCUUCACUCGAUAACACGUUCCACUGGUGCACCUUCGAUCCUACUCCCUGGACUGGUGAGCGCGCCUUGGCAUCGCCUCAUCGCUUCAAGCCUCGUGUCGAUGCCCUUGGUAGGUUCUACGGAUACCGCCCGGCUACUGUCCACGUUCAACUCCCUGAUCGUUGGUCGGACCGUCGUUCAAACCAGUCCGCGCACCCUCAUGACCAGCACAACCGUGUCCGUCGCCAGCGCAUUCUCGACGGAAGCGAUGUGCGCACCACCGUCAUGCUUCGUAACAUUCCGAACAAGCUGGACUGGAUGGCCCUCAAGAACAUCCUCGACGAUGUCUGCUUUGGUACUUACGACUUCCUGUACCUCCGUAUCGAUUUCAAGUCUGGAUGCAAUGUCGGCUAUGCCUUCAUCAACUUCACAGAUGCGAAUGGCAUGCUGGCUAUCAUUGACCGCAUGGAGCGUCGUUCCUGGCCUGGAUUCACCUCUGACAAGACGGCCGAGAUCUCGUACGCGACUAUCCAGGGUCGUGAGGCUUUAGUCCAGAAGUUUCGCAACUCGUCUGUCAUGCAGGAGACUCCAUUCUGUCGUCCCCGUCUCGUCGUCACCAUUGCAGACGCUAGGAACGUGGGUCGUCUUCGUGUUGCCGGUACCGAGCAGGAGUUUCCUCGUCCUGACAACCUUUCCAAGCUUCAGCGUUCGAUGGAUAGCGCUCGUAGCAUCGGCCUUUAUCCCCCUCACGGAUACUCCUCAGUCAUCGAGCACCGCAACCGUACUAGUGCCUAUGACCGCGGCGGCCCUCGCGACAUGAUGCAAGCUGCUAUGCACUUCGCUCAUCAGCGCGCUGCACCCAUCCAGUUUGCCGGCCUGACCGAUGCCCAGAAGCGCGACAUUGAGAUGUGGUACUUGAAUACGUACGGUGGUGGACACUGUGGUCGCAUCCCCUUCGACUGUAUCCCCAUGACGCAUGUUACUCAGUACUUCAAUGAGAACAUGCCUGCGCCUGGUGUCAUCGGUGGCCCAGUUGGAACUCCGACUCGCCCUUCUCGCGCCGGCCCAUCCUCUUCUCGCGCUGGUCCUUCAUCUUCUCGCCGCGGUGCUGAUGAGAUCCACCGCACUCCCAACCCCUUCUUGUAA